AUGUAUGGCCCUUUCACAUCAUGGCCUGAAGCAUUCGGUGGAGGAGCUGGAGGUGCUGAAGCUGGGGCUCAGGCUCCCUCACGCUUCUCUAAUAUAGUGCUUCACUUCACUGCUUCAGCUUUAACGUCAUUUCCUCUCUUCACUGCUUCACGCCAUUUCCUCUUCAGUCUUCACUGCUUCACGCCAUUUCCUCUUCUUCCACAACUAUUGACUGCUUCAGCUCUUCCACAAUCAACCAGUGAACCAGCGUGGCAGCAUUUCUGUUCCCACAAACUUAAGAUGGCGGAUGAAACUAGAUUAAGUUUGGCCGGUUCAACUAAUAGCGUACCUAAUACAGAUGAUAGCAAUGACAACUCACUUGACACCGAGCACCAGGUAACAAAGAAAAGAAAGAAUAUGAAAUCUAGAUCAGAUGUUUGGGAGCAUUAUGAUAAGGUCGUUGUAAAUGGUAUUGUUAAAGCAAAGUGUAGACAUUGUAAAAAUAUUUAUGCAGCUAAUACAUCUGUAAAUGGAACAACGGGAUUGAGACAACAUAUAGCUUUGAGGUGCCUACCAUAUAAAGCCAAGAUUGAAACUAGCACUCAGAAAAAGAUACAUUUUACAUCUACGGAUAAGCAUGAGCCGCGUUGGGAAUUUGAUCAACAAUUAAUUAGGAGGGCUUUAUUUGAGAUGAUAAUUAUAGAUGAAAUACCAUUUAGCUUUGUAGAAAAAGAAGGCUUCAAGAAGUUUAUGCAAGUAGCCCAACCUUUAUUUCAAGUUCCUUCCCGUAGAACAGUAACAUGGGAUUGUUAUGGACGUUACGAUGAAUUGAGACUAGAUUUGAAGAAGUCUUUUAGAGAAGCAAAAGCAAAAAUUUGCCUCACCACUGACACAUGGACAUCGUUGCAAAUAAUUAAUUACAUGUGUUUGACUGCUCACUAUAUUGAUAGAGAUUGGGUUUUGCAUAAAAAAAUAUUGAAUUUUUGCCCUAUCACUAGUCAUAAAGGUGAGCAUAUGGAAGAGGCUAUUGGCAAUUGUUUGCUUUAUUGGAACUUGGAUCAAAUUUUUACUGUUACUGUUGAUAAUGCUUCUUCCAACGAUGUUACAGUUAGAGAAUUGUCUAAACAGUUAAAUAAUUGGGACACUAAUAUAAUGGAUGGUAAGAAUCUUCAUGUGAGAUGUAUGGCCCACAUACUUAAUCUAAUUGUGCAAGAAGGUUUGAAGGAAAUUGAUGCUUCUGUCAAACGUGUUAGGCAAAUGGUAAGGUAUGUUAGAUCAUCUUCGGCAAGGGGAGCUCACUUUAAGAAAUGUUGUGAAGUUCAAAAGGUGGAAUGUUCUAAAUCAUUAGAGCUAGAUGUGCCUACUAGGUGGAAUUCCACCUACUUGAUGUUGGAUACAGCACAACACUUUGAGAAGGCCUUUGAUAGGUUUGAUCUUUUUGAUGAGAAUUUUAAUAAUUAUCUUUCUAGUCAUAUUCUUGAAGAUGGAAGUGUUGCAGGUUCACAUUACGUUACUUCUAAUGUUCAUAUUGAGGAUAUAUGUGAGCUUGAUGUACAUUUGAAAGUGUGUUUAGAAAGUGAAGAUGUUAGUUUAAGUAUAAUGGUUGAGCGAAUGAGACAAAAGUUCAAAAAGUAUUGGGGGGAUACCGAAAAGAUGAACGAAAUGAUUUUUAUUGCUUUCGUGUUGGAUCCUCGUAAUAAGUUUGUGUAUGUUAACUUUGGGCUUGAAGAGCUAUUUGCUGAGGAAGUAGGAAAGAAAGUAAGCAAAUGA